AUGGAUUCAUUUGGUGUAACAAACUCACAAAUUCAAGCAUUAAAAGUUUUUAUUAAUCUUCUUCAACAACAUCCAGAGUUUCUUAAUGACGAUAGACUUGAUUUCUUAAGAAAUUAUAUUAUUUCUCUUGGAGGUAAGAUUCCUGAACCAAAAAAAGAAGAGCCAAAAUCUGAAGAAAAGCCAAUGGAAGAAGAAAAGAAAGAAGAAGAAACAGUUAAAGAAAAACCUAUGGAAGAAGAUAUUAAAAUUGAUGAUCCUGACGUUAUUCCUGGUGAUACAAUUGAACCAGAAACUAUUAAUAUGGAUAUUGAAGUUACUGAAGAAAUGGAGGUUCAAGCCUCUACUAAACGAAGUGAAGCCAUGGAAGCAUUUAAUAAUGGAGAAGUUGAUAAAGCAAUUAAUACAAUUACUGAAGCAAUUAAGUUGAACCCAAGAGUUGCUAACUUUUUUGCUUGUCGUGCUCAAUACUACAAUAAAGCCAAAAAGCCAAAUGCAGCAAUUAGAGAUUGUACUACAGCUAUUAAAUUGAAUCCAGAUAAUGCUAAAGCAUAUAAGAUGAGAGGUAUGGCUUAUAGAAUGAUUGGACAAUACCAAAAAUCAGUUGUUGAUUUAAGACUUGGUAAUAAACUUGAUUAUGAUGAUAAUACUUAUGAAUUACAAAAAGUUGUUGAAAAGUUCGUUGCUAUUGAAAAACAAAAUGAAAAAAGACAUAACAAACAACAAGAAGAAAAACCAAAACAAGAAGAACAACAUCAAUGUCACUGUGGAGGUGAAAAGAAACCAGGAUGUGAUGGUCAUGGUGGAUGUCAUAGACAGGGAGGUUGUUGUGAUCCUGAAUUAAUGGCUGCUAUGCAAGAUCCAGACGUUAUGACAAAAUUAUCAUCUGCUAUGAGUAAUCCAGCACAAAUUGCUACAUUAAUGAGUGAUCCAAAAGUUGGACCAAUUUUGAAUAAGUUAAUGAGUAAAUUUGGUCAAAAUGCUGCUCAAUAA